CCCAGCAGGAAGACACACGUGCAGAAAAGCCUCCAUGAGAACGUUCCCUGCAGAGUCCUCCUUGCCAGCUGGCGUGGGAGAAAAACGUGUAAAGCUUCGAGGAAAAUGUCUCAGAAUUAUCUUAUUUUUGUCUCCUGCUAAGCUUUUCUGCUGGUUUGCAGUGAAUAUCAUCCUUGCUGUGGCUUUUAUUGCUGUGUCAGUGAGAAAGGAAAAAACAGGUACUACAAACCCUGAAGCUGGUCGUGCCAAUUGCUCAAGAGACUGGAUUGAAUUUGGAAGUAAAUGUUUUUAUUUUUCUGAAUUCACAAGUAACUGGACAUCCAGCCAGACCUCCUGCAUGACACGAAAGGCCCAUCUAGCUCGAUUUGACAGCCUGGAGGAGCUGGAUUUCCUAAAGAGACACAAGAAUGAUUCUGCCCGCUGGAUUGGCCUGCACAGGAAAUCAUCAGAGCACUCUUGGAGGUGGACAGACAACACUAAAUACAACAACUUGGUUUCCAUCCGAGGAGAAGGAGAAUGUGCCUACUUGAGUGACAGAGGGAUCAGCAGUAGCAAGAACUACAUGCCUAGGAAGUGGAUUUGUUGCAAGCCCAAGAGCUAAACUUUAUAGUGCCCAGAAGUUUCAUAGCUUGUGUCAAAGCAAUCAUGAGAGACCUGUAACAUGUUAUCUACAGUCGCUGACUCAUUUCUUUAUCUUCUAAAAUUAUCAAAAUCAAUUCAUAAUCUGUGGUGAUAUCCAAGAUGAAAACCAUCAUAGACAACUAUACUUAUGGGUGUUUUGGAGUCUAUGAGAGAUUCUAAAUUAAUUUCAGUGCUUUGGUAUGAGUUGGUAUUCAUAUCUUAAACGUGAAUAGCAAUCCUGUCAGCAUUAGUGACCUCCACUUUUAUGACCAGAUAUGAUUUUUUCCAUUAGUUCUUCCUUUGAAUGACUGAGACCUUAAAAAAAUGAAGGGAGGACAGGGUUGAGCCAAGAUGGCUGCAGCACACAUGGCUGCUGUAGAGGGCUGGAGGGGGAGGCUUCCUCCUGCACCCUUCCCCCACAGCUCUGGGUAUCCUGCCCCAGGCCACAUCACUGGUCUGCAGCCACCAAGGAGGAGUCUCACACACCAAUGCCUCAGCCUCUGCACCCCAAGCCAAAGCCUGAGUGGUGUCCUGCUGUUAGAAAAUCAUGGAAGAGUGUCAGAGAGAAUGGUUGUAUCUCUGGUAAAUGUGCCCUGGCAUGUCUGGAGUAUCUGUUGUCAGAACCUUUUAAAAAAUGUUUGAAGAUUGA